AUGAGGAAGAACUUCACUCUGUUUCUGCUGGGAAAAGAUGAUGAGAAGAACUUCAAUUGUGAUUUUCGAUCCAAAGAAUUAUCUCAACGUAAAGAGAAGCUGUUAAGACGUGAAGAACAUGCGUUCUCAGAUAUCGCAACCUCCUCCGCGUAUCUCGUCCACGUGCAGCUACCGAUCCCGCUAUAUCCUGAUCCGAACGGUCGAAGCGAGAUUCUCGUUUGA